GAAAGGGAGUAAAAUUUUAAAGAGGCAAAAAAAUUCAAAAGUGAAUAAAAUUUAAAAUAAACGAAGGGAUCGAAUAUGAUGAUGAAGGAGGAGUGAGAAAUUUGAUGAUGAAGGAGGAGUGAGAAAUUUGAUGAACAACAUGAAUGGAGAUUUGGUUUUUGUUUUUUUGUUUUUGUUUUUUUUGAAGAUUAGAUGAGUUAAGUUAGGGUUAUAAUAGAGUAUGGUUAGUGAAAUGAUUAAGGGAGUAAGUUGUUUAAGUAAGGGCAGUUUGGUAAUUUUUUAUAGAAAAACUUACUAAAAGAGGAAAAAAAACAUUUAUUGCACAUAAUAGAAAGCGUCUGCUUUAUAACCGUUUACGGAGAUAGUAUAUACAACGGCCCUUGAACUUUAGAGGAUCCCACCUGCAACACGAGGGUCCAUAGAAGGGUCCCAUGACAAGAGUCUAUGAGGCAAGCCUUCCAUUGUCAUUUUUGACAAGAGGCCGAAACUCACCUUAUUUCUGAGUUGCAAACUCACCUCCGAUCCUAAUAGUGUGGACAAACUUAAUACCCAAAAAUCGACACUGGAAUUUGGCAAAUCAAUGGGAGAUGUUCAAUACACCUUAUUCAAAGCAGCAGUGAAAGGCGAUAUGAAUGAAGACUUUGUUGCCAUAUAUGAGAACGAAAUGUUGUGGUUCAAAACACCUGAUGCUGGCAACAGCAUUGUCCACAUCGCAGCUCGACACGGGCAGUUGGAGGUUGUCAAGAAAGCGGUUAGCUUAUUCCCUGUUCUUCUCCGACAGAAGAACAAUUUGGACAACACCCCUCUUCACGAGGCUGCUGCUUUCGGAACUGAGGAGACUGUGCAACUCCUCAUUUCCCUGCUUCAGAAUAAUAGCAGUAGUACCACUCCUGUGUCGCAUUUGUUGGAGGUGAAUCACGAUGGUGACACCCCGUUCCAUGUCGCAUUUCGAUACCGUAACAUGGCUAUAGCCCAAGAGUUGUUUUCAUAUGUAAUUAAAGACCACCCGGAGAUCCUGGUCAUGAAGACCAAUCUGCACAAGGAGACUCCUCUGCAUCUUUAUGUUCGGUGUUGUCCAGACGAUGAUUUCCUAACCAACAAAGAAGUGAUCAACGAAGGCAGCAGUGAAAUUUCCAAUAAGCAAGCACUUGUAUUUAAAUUAGUUGAAGCGAAUUUUUUUUGCAUAUUUGAACUUGAUUCCGAGGGAUUUAACCCUCUGAUGAGGGCAGCCCAAUAUGGCCGGGUCUUGUUCCUUUAUGGGUUGUUCCUUAAACACCCACUUUCAAUGGAAUGUCGAGACUCGAAAGGAAAGAGUUUUUUGGACCACUUGAGCCUGAGGAUGACUAACAAAGCACAAGACAGUAAGGAUAAUACAAUGUAUGUUUGCAAAAAGAUACUACAACUACAACCAGUUGAUGAUAUCCUAACAUGCUCUCGAGAUCAAGAUGGGAAUACCCCAUUACAUUGGGCUAUAUUGAAUAAAGAUUUCGAUCUCGCUUCCUUGAUCCUUGAACGGCAUGCUGCGGCACACUCAAGUGCAAGGAAGGAGUUGCUCAUCAGCGUUAAGAAUUUACAAGGGAGUACUGUUCAUGAUUUUAUUACAUCCAAGCCUGGAAUUCCUCAAGUCCUUAAGAACCUGUUGGAAGAAGCUACUAGGGGAAUAAUAAUGAAUGAGCAACUAUACAAUACAGCUAAAAACUUAGAUGUGGGUGUGUUUAUACAACAAGCAAAUGAUGAUGAUGAUGAUGAUGACGACGAUGAUUUUUUUUCUCGUCAAGAUGUGGAUGGAAAGAAUAUACUUCACAUACCCCUACAUCUUCAAUCCGCUUACAAUUUUACGGCCGGCAAUUUAGGAAGUUACCGAAGGUUUUUCAAGGAAGCGAUUAAAAGAUGUCCGAAAUUGAUGUACCAAAGAGAUUGUAAUGGUGACACACCACUACACAUUGCUGCUAGGACUACAUUUCUUGAAGCAGACUCAUUGUGGACAAUAUCUUUCCGAACAUGGAACGGCAUGAAAGAGGAUGAUGAGUGGCUAGCUGAUCAUCAAAUUCCUCCAUGGAGGAUGAAAUAUUCGAGAGGUCAUAUGCCGAUUCAUGAAUCUGCACGCAACCAAAAUUUGGGUGUCUUUCAUGCAAAUAUUAAACACUUGAACAGCAGGUAUAGAACGGAAGCAGUAGAAGCACUUUUGGACGUUAAUGAUCAUGGCGAGACCGCUUAUCACUUAAUUGCUAGAUACGCAGAGCCGCAAUUGGAUACUGGCUACAUAUUUAAUCCGGAUUCGAAAACUGCUGCAUACAAACGUGACUUAGAAGGCUUAACCCCUGUCAUAAGAGCGGCACACUAUGGUCGGAGCAUACUAGUUAGGAAAUUUAGUGAAUGGUGUCCUAAAUCAAUAAACAUGAUGGAUUACAAAGGUAGAAAUGUGUUGCACCAUCUUUGUACUUCACCCUCAACUAAGGUGGACGAGUUGGAAAACUUGUUACAACAUUGGGAAAGUAAUCGCACACAGUAUCCUGAAUCUAUACUGUUAGUAUUAUCGAAAGAUGAAGAUGGUAACACGCCUUUACAUCUUGCCGUCUUGCAUCAGAACUUUAAGGUUGCUGAUUCUUUGUUCACUCAUUUUGAUGUGGGCGAUAGAUCAUACACAAAACACUUAAUGGACCUCAACAACAACCAGGGGGAGUCAUUCAAAGACUUGAUUACAUGUGGAUCAGGCAUUCCUCCAAACCUUAAGGAACUAAUACAACAAGCAGAUACUCGACAUCUGCUAACCACAAUGGAUGACCAUCUUUAUGAGGCAGCAACAAAAGGAGAUGUGGAUUAUAUUGAGCGUGAAAGUGGUUCUUCAGUAUUGUUAUCUCAAUCAAAUGACGGAAGUAAUGUCCUUCACUUAGCCCUCCGGCAUCAUCAAUUACCCCUCAUCGAGUUUCUACUCAAUGAUGAUAUGUAUUUUAGGCUUAUCUACGGGAAUGACUACAAAGGAGACACGCCUUUGCAUCUUGCUGUUAGCCUUCAAACAGAUGAACCAUCGACCUUAACUUUCUUACAACUUUGUCUCCAUCGUUGGAAGACGUCUCCAUCUUUUAAAAGUAAAAAUUACCCUGCGCCAUGGACGGUGAGAAAUUCCAAAGGAAAUACAUACCUUCAUGAAGCUGCACGCGUGUGUAGCUACAAAGUUAUAUUUUCAGAUUUUCUAAUUGAUAAAGACAUUAAGGAUGUGAAUGACCAUGGUGAGACUGUUUUUCAUGUCAUGGUCAAAUAUGCCACUGAAACAGCAAAAAAUUACCUAGAGAAUUUGACAAAACAGAUGCAAUCGCUUGUCUAUAUUCAAGAUUCUGAGGGCUUCACUCCGGUAUUAAGAGCACUGCAAUAUGGUCGGCUUGGAAUGGCUAUGCUUCUUAUCCAACAAUGCCCUCGUUCAGUUGAGAUUCCAGAUAAUAAAGGUAGAACAGUUUUGCACCAUUUAAGGGCUUUGGUUGUAGAUCUUGUUGAUCAAGUAAAAGAUAUACUGCCGGUGUGGAACGAAUUUUUCAAACGUCCCGGUGUUGAUGAGCUUCGAAUUGCACAAAAUGAAGAUGGAAACACACCGUUGCAUCUAGCCAUCAUUGAAGGUGAUUUUACCAAAUCAAAAUUUCUCAUGGAAAAAUGUCUCCAAUCGGAGAACAGACGAGAACUGAUUAUUGUCAACAAUGAUGGUCACUUGGUUUUUGAACUAGUCUCUUCACAAGCGCAUAUACUUGCCAUGAAGGAGCUGCAAUCAAUGGUUAGCAGAAGCUAUGUUAAAGAGACAAAUUUGAUUGACAAAGCGAUGGAUGACGAGCUUUAUCGAGCAGCAAUAGAAGGAAACAUAAAAAUAUUUGAUUCUAUGAUAGUUGAUGAUGUUACAGUCGUAAAUGAUACUGAAAGUAGGCCACCAAAUCUUCCUGAAGCAUACUUUUGUAGUCAAACACCAGGCGGAAGCAAUAUAAUACACAUAGCCCUCCGACAUGGCAAAGAAAACAAGCGAGUAGAGAAAUUUAUAUUCAUUGAAAUUGCUCUGGAAAGAUACCCAAUUUUAAGCAUGCAAUCGGAAAAUAAAGGAGACACGCCGCUUCAUCUUGCUGUUAAGUGGAAGAGUGGGCUAUCAAUAGUGAAAUUACUAAUAAAAGCAUCCCAAAAUUUUCUACUCGAUGAGAGCAAGAAAGCUUUUUAUGUCGCCCCAUGGGCUAUGAAAAAUUACAAGGGCUGUUUCCCGAUUCAUGAGGCUUUACAAAGUGGCAACUUGAAAGCUGCUGAGGCUUUAUUCGAUUGUGACACCGAGGCUAAUAUUCGUGUUAGCAACCUUGGUGACACUGCACUUCAUUCUUUUGCCAAAAAUGGUCUUCCUAUAGAUUGGGUCGUGUUCAGGUUGCACGAGCUAUACUCAAGUAUCGUCCACAAUCAGCAUACCUCCAAGACCCCAAUGGUCGGACAUUUUUGCACCUCUUGCGAUUUACAGGUGAAGAUGUUGAUGAGAGUUUGGAUGGAAAUUUUAAGAAAACAGGGAAACAGUUAUUUGAAAUCCCUGAAGCAGAUGCACAGAGAUUUGUUCAAGAUAUUGACGGAAACACACCCCUCCAUUAUGCUAUUAUAAAUAAGAAUUCUAUUGCUGCAAUUGUGUUAACUGACAAGUGUCUAGAAGAUGAUGAACAAAGAGAGCUUGGAUUGGUGAAUAAAGAGGGUCAAACAAUUCCAGAUUUACUCGCAUUGCAUGACGUCCCAUACGAGAUUAUAGAGCUAAUUAAAAAGAAAGUACCGAAGGCAGUUUACUUAGCUAGAAGCUCAUAUGGUAUCCGGAAGACAGAAAUGAAAGAGUCGGCGAAUGCUCUAUCUGUGGUUGCAGCUUUGUUGGCAACCAUAACCUUUGCAGUCGCAUUUCAGGUACCAGGUGGAUUUGGUGAUGACGGAUUCCCUAUCCUAUUGCAAAAGCCAACAUUCAUAAUAUUCUCAGUGGCAAACACGGUAGCAAUGUGCAGCUCAAUGCUUUGUCUGUUCUUACUCCUUUGGGUGAUGGGAAUUGGCAAAAUUCACGGAUCCCUCAAGGUAUUAGAUAUCUCUAUAAUCCUGCUUCGUUUGUCCUUCUAUCUCACCGUGCUCACAUUCACAACCGGUGUGUUUGUGGUUACUGUCGAAAAGAGUUUAUGGUUGGGCAUCUCCGUUUGUGUUCUUGGCUUCCUUACUUUCCUUCUCACAUUCAAAAUGUCAAUCAAGGUUGUUGCCAAAUAUGGGGGAUAUGUUAAUAGUAGCAUGAACAAGUUUAAAAAGAGCGUCAAGUCCCAUUGUGAGCAUGCUACUCAUUUUCUACCUAAUACAAAAAGGACUACUCAUCAUACAAAUUCUCAAACAACCGAACAAAACGAUUGACUGAUCAAUACAUCUUAAUUAGCCUACAUAUAUAUGUUGUUUUAUUACUAGGUUUUGCAAAUGAUUUGGACUUUGUGUAGUGGUAACAUAAUUAACAAUGUACUCAUUAUAUUUAACUUCGUGCACGUAAGAGCUUGCUCCAAUAGUCCAUGUAUUUGAUAUUUCUAUUUUAAUACU